AUGAACAGUGAUGAUGGUGAAGCUCUCAAUAUUGCUGCGUUCGAAACUCGCAACGCCGGAGCCAAAGGCUUUGGCCUGUUCGCAACGCGCGAUAUCGAACCAGGAGAACGCCUUAUUGAGGAAUCUCCACUGUUCAUCCUUCCCAAACAAGACACUCUGAAUGCAGCUAUCGUCGAGAGCUUCAUGCAACUACGCUCGGAGCAGCGCGCAGCCUACUUGAAAUUGAGCUCCUAUACCACGACAGUCACUGACUCGGGUACGAGAAGCGGUGUAAAUGGCACGGCUGAUGACAAUCAGCCAGACCACGAUUCAGAUGAGUGCGAGAUGUCAGAAUCGCUUGCCGCCCGUGUUGUCAAUAUCUGGCGUACCAACUCAUACAUGCUCGACGAUGGUAUCACUCUCGACUCUGCUGGCGUUGGAUUGACUACGUCCCGCCUCAACCACUCAUGCGUUCCGAAUGUCUACACUGCCUACAACAGCACAUCCGGAUGCAUGACUGUGCAGGCUCUCAAGCCAAUUACCGCUGGAGAUGAGCUCUGCACUGCCUACAUCAACGGUGCGGGCAAGUUGCGCUCCGAACGACGUGCUCAGCUGAGUAUGUGGGGAUUUACCUGCACCUGCAUUGCUUGCGCCGACGGCCGUGAUGAAUCUCGCCGCCGGGAGAUCAAGACGUUGAUGACCAAGCUUGAAGGAGUCAAGACACAGAUGCUGGAAGGCGAUACAAGCCUGUCGGUCGCCCAAAUCGAACAGGCCGUUGGAGAUCUGCUCGACCAGGCUACCCUCAUGAGCGAUGAAGGCUUGCUUGGUCCAGAUCUAGCUGAUGUGUAA